CAGAUAUAAAGCUUAACUAGGUGAAACCAAAAGUGGUUUUUGACACUAUCAUAAACCUUGAUAAAGGCAAUAAGCAUGGAUAAAAAUAAAGCUAUUAAGCCAAAAAUCUUUGUGAAAGGUUCUGCUUGCAAUAAAACUCAACUGACGUUGUCUCCUGUGAUAUCAUUGCCAACAGUUUCGGUGAAUGGGGAGUUAAUAACGUCAAGGUUGGAAAAAAAUGUUAGAAAUCCUGGGGCGGACGUAAUUUCAAGUGCUUUUACAACAGAUGAUAAAUAUCAACAAAGAAAGUCUAUGCAAUCAGCAUACAAGGAAUUAUUCACUGCUCUCCUACGACUUCCAGACAAGCAAGUACAGCAAAGAGUGUUGGACGCUAUUAAUGGUAAACUUAAAAGCUUUACAACUGCUGCAACACAAACAGAGCCUGUUGAACUCAAAGAAUGUGUGGGGAAAGUUAAUGCGAGCACUAAAGCGGAGCAGGAAAAGUAUUGUGCUGAGGAAAAUGGUAAAGAAUGUCCAAAAAUAAUUACGAGCCAGAGUAAAAGACGUCGUCGUAGGCGUCGGGUUAUGUUGCCGCAAGUUAGUAAGGAAUCGCACGCGGUUAUGGCUUUAAAAAAUCCCUCACCAAAAAUGAUUAAACGGAAAGUUUGCAAUGUCAAUAAAGUUGUUAAUAAGGAUCCAACAAUGACACAGAAAGACCAUAUUAGCAAAAGGGCUCGCUUAGAUUCAUUCGUUGGCUCAAUCCCAUCCGACCUAGAAAGUGCAGAUUUAUUAUACCCGAUGGAUUUCCUUGAAGACGAACGUCAAAGAGAUGAAAUGUAUGAGCAAAUGAUUAAAGAACAUUUAAUGGCAGGUGUCGUUUUGAGUAAUGGUUUACUAUCCAUACACGAAACGAUAAUGCAAAACGAUCUUAUACGUUUAAAAAGGCAAUUAUAUAUAUGGCAAGAAGUGAGAAAAGUUGACUUAAAUGAGCUUUUAACUGCUGAUGACAAAGACUGCUUACAAUUGGCUAUCAUACACAAUUGUUAUCCAGCAAUAAUGUAUGUAUUACUUGAAGCUGGCCUCAAUUACGAUUCAUUGGAUAGUCAAACUAAUACAGUUAUCCACUUGGCUAUGUUACACGAUAUUGAGAUUAAAUCGUUGGAACAUUUAAUGCAAAGAAUUAGUUUGAAAAAGCUUUUAAUUUUGAACGAUGAUGGGUAUACGCCUUUGCAUUUGGCAAUUAGACACGAACGUUACCUAUUGGCAGAGUGUUUACUUAACGAGUUGGACAAGCGCUCAAAUGGUCAAAAGCAUUAUAAGCGUGACAUUCGUUGGGAUGUGGAUAUAAAGGAAAUUAAAAAAGAUUUUCAAAACUAUUACGAGAAAGUCUGCUUACAAAUGGAUACCGGUCAAAAUGUAGACACACGUAUCAACAAUUCCGGCCUAAAACGUCAAUUAUUAGAAGCCGGUGAUAUGCGUAGCGGUAACACAGCACUGUUCUUUGCCGUCGAAAAUAGAUCGGAACCUUUUAUAUAUUUUUUGUUAGCUCAUUUAAGUGAUCCUUGUAUUGAAAACUUGUGUGGACAGGAUGCGAAGACUUACUUUUGCGAAUUUGGCAAAUCUCUAAAUCUUAGCUUAAAUAUUGACAAUACCAUGGAAAAAAUUAUAAAAAUGCGUAUGUCAUGCUGAUUUUCUUUAUUACUUUUGUUUA